AUGGGCGGCUUUCUCGUGCCGGACCAUUUCCACAAGCAGGACAUGUCGGAGCACUCCGUCAUGAUUGCGAGUCUAUUCUUCGGCUUCACGAUCGCGAUGGCCGUCUGCUCCGCGGGGACGGCGGCCCGACAGUGUUUGCAGUGCUGGAAACGAUCCCACCGAGCAACCAUUUAUGUGAUCAUGAUCUGGGGGCACUGGCUUGCCAACAAUACUUUUGGUCUGAUCAGCUUUCUCUACCUUCGGGAUAUAAUCGAAGCCAGUUUCUGGUUAUGGUUUUUCAUUUUGGUUCUCUGGGUGUUCCAGUCGCAACUAAUUGUGCAAAUCAUCGUCAAUCGCUUAUCGCUAUUAAUAUUGGUGAAGAGUCACGCCCAAAUGUUGAAGUGGUCAGUCUUUGCCAUUAUGGCUGCCAUCAAUGUCAGCGUUUUCAUCAUCUGGAUACCGGCUCGGCUCGAAAUCAACGACACAUGGAUCCACAUCAACUCCAUCUGGGACCGCAUCGAGAAAUGCAUCUUCCUGCUCGUCGAUGCAUCGCUGAACUUCUACUUCAUCCACCUGGUCCGACAUCGACUAAUCGCCAAUGGCCUUACCAAAUAUGUACCAUUAUACAAGUUUAACAUGGCGAUGAUAGGGAUAUCAGUUGGCUUGGAUGUGGUUCUGAUCGGCAUGAUGUCUAUGCCAAAUGACUUAUUAUACCUUCAGUUUCAAUCAGUUGCGUACGCCGGGAAGCUCCAUAUCGAGAUGAACAUGGCCGACCUGAUCAAGAAGGUUGUACGAGCCUCGAACAUCAGCACCCAGCCGCAGUCCUCCGGCAUUGGCCACAGGUCGUCGACCGGAGGCAGGACCAAGGGCAGCCAUAGCAGCGCACCGGCGCAGAACCACAACAAUUUCAUCGCGAAUAUCACACGUGGGGCAAACCUCCCCUAUAGAGGCCAUCACACGACACAUAUAGAACUCGGUAGCCAUGAGAACCUAGACCUCAAACGGGAACACGGGCAGCAGUUAGAAACCUUGAACGGGAUCCAAAAGACAACUGUUGUAACACAGACAGUGGAUGGACACCCCACACUAUCGGGUGAGGAUAUUCAGUAUAGACGAUCGACCGAGGACGACAUAUCGGCUCACACAUCGAGCUCGGAUAUAGGACUCAGGAGUAAUGUUGGGCCAUAA